AUGAAUUGCAGCAAAUUGACAGAAGAUAGGAUCCCUGAGUUAGGAACGGAGUUUAACAGUGAAGAGGAUGCGUACAAGUUUUACAACAAAUAUGCCUUUAAAAUGGAUUUUAGUAGACGCAAAGACUAUCUGAAUAAAGAUAAAGACGGCGUGACCACGUAUAGAAGAUAUAGUUGCUGCAAGGAAGGUGUGAAGCGCAAGUACGAAGGUGAUGUUUCAGAAUUGGAGUCGACAUCGGUUUCAUUUGAUGAACACAUGUUUAUGGGAUACCGUUCAUCAACUGACUCAGUUUCGGAAAGAAAUAACACCUAUGGAUUGCGACUAACUACUCACAUCAACUCCACUCAGUUGCAGGUUGAUGAAUGA